AUGAGAUUAUGGGCAACGAGAAACUCGCCUCAAAAACACAGAAGUCGAGAAACAAAUCAUCGACGCGUGCCAAUCCUUUAUCAGCACAAGAAGGGUCAUCCUCAUCGGCACAGACAGCUGCUGCUCCAGCAGUGGCAAGUCCAUCAGUGGCCAAGCACAGUGGCAAGUCCAUCAGUGGCCAAGACAGCUGCUGCUCCAGCAUCUGCACAACGAUUGUAUGUUCGAUGUUCCUUCAAAGAGUACUUGGAGAAUCCUUAUCAAUUAGAUGGGGAGCAGUUCAAGCGUGGGGGUCAAAGCAUACUUAGAGGUCUCAUAGGUAAAGUUGCUCGUUUGGGGUUAAAAGGCAUAACAGAGGGGCGCUUGACUGCUGGAAAUAUCUUAGUUAUUGGCAAUAAGGCUGAGAAUCUGGAGGUUGAAAUUUUGGAUACUCCACAAAAAUACAACCAGGCCUUGCCAAGCUAUCGUGAACAAUUUCGAAAAUUGGCAUCAGAAAUGGUUGAUGCAUGGGAAGCUACUUGUCUGUUGGCGUGGUCACAGCAUUUUUUCGAAAUGCUAGAUAAUUGCAUACCUUGGUUCUAUUUUAAGCAACUAGAGUGGCAUCCCUUACUAUUAUCGUCUCACGAAGUAGCCGUGGUUAUAUUCCGUCUCUAUACACAUCUUGACGUUGAGAAAAAAGGUUGGAAAAACAAUUACAAAGAGCUUAUAACGAGAGAAAACGUUGACUUUGGUAAAAUCAUUUCUAGAACUGGUCGUGGUGCCUUUGCUUUCUCUAAGGUUUACAGUUAUCCUUCCGACCAAAAAAAAAAAAAGCUUUACAGUUAUCCGGAAAAGAAAAAAAAAACCGUUAUUCACCAGUCGAAUAUGAACCAAAUGCGCUGGGGGCACUCAAGUAUUUCAGACAUGCACUCAGUCAUGUUAAUGACCAUAUGUGGGACGACUUCGUGGAGAAAAAUGCGAAAUCAGAAAUUCAAUUAUUGCAGAAACCAGAGGAAAUACCAGCAGAUGCACUUUUGGUAUUAACAUAGACCUAAAUUUGCUGUUUAGAUUUUUUAAAUAUUACUAUUCUCUAAAACAUGUUUGUAUUCAAUUUUUGCAGACAC